AAUAAUUGAAGUAAUUGAUGGGGUGCAAAUCGCAAACUCGAAAAGUCAAACAAGUGAAAAUUGGAAAAACAGUGCGCCUCAAUUUUCAAUUUUUACGCCCCUCUCCUCCCACGUUUCGUCUUCCCCGCAGCCAAACACGCUGUUCUUCUACCACAAAGGAGGAGGAGUGAAAAAAUAAAUAUUAUUUUUUUGGCGCCCUUUCAUUAGCAAAAUUCUCCCCGAAAGAUUCCCCCCUCUGUUUCUCUCUCCCAACGCUUACGAUUCCCUAAGAUAUAUAUAUUUUUUCUCUCUCUAACUGCAGUACCUACGCGUAGUUUUGCAUCUUUAUCAGUUAACCGCUGACUUGUUCUGCUUUCUGUCCGUACAAUGGCUUCCGAGCAACAGUUAUCUGCAAUUAAGGGUGCGAAAGUGCUUAUGGUGGGCGCCGGCGGUAUCGGGUGCGAGCUUCUGAAAACCCUCGCGCUGUCUGGUUUCAAAGAUAUACAUAUCAUUGACAUGGAUACCAUUGAAGUCAGCAACCUGAAUAGGCAGUUCUUGUUUCGACAAUCACAUGUUGGGCAAUCCAAAGCCAAAGUUGCUCGUGAUGCAGUAUUGAAGUUUAGGCCUCACAUCAGCAUUACACCAUACCAUGCAAAUGUUAAGGAUCCUGAUUUCAAUGUUGAUUUCUUUAAGCAGUUUAAUGUUGUUUUGAAUGGGCUUGACAAUUUAGAUGCCCGGCGGCAUGUGAAUCGCCUUUGUUUGGCAGCUGGAGUGCCAUUGGUCGAAAGUGGGACCACUGGAUUUUUGGGACAGGUAACUGUUCACGUGAAGGGUAAAUCGGAAUGUUAUGAAUGCCAGCCUAAGCCAGCUCCAAAAACUUACCCUGUUUGUACUAUCACAAGUACACCAUCAAAGUUCGUCCACUGUAUAGUAUGGGCGAAGGACCUGCUUUUUGCAAAACUAUUUGGGGCCAAAAAUCAGGAAAAUGAUCUGAAUGUGCGUUCUAGUGAUGCUUCCAGCUCGUCUCAACAAACUGAAGAUGUUUUUGAACGCAAAAACAAUGAAGACAUUGAACUAUAUGGGAAGAAGAUAUUUGAUCAUGUUUUUGGUUAUAACAUUGAGUUAGCAUUGUCAAACGAAGAUACGUGGAAAAAUCGUCACAAGCCAAGGCCUAUUUAUAGCAAAGAUAUAUCUCCUAUUGAGCUUCCUCAUCAGAAUGGAAACCAGGCUAAAAUUUCAGUUGGAGGAGAUAUUUCAUCAGUUUCUGCAAUGGCAUCUAUGGGUCUGAAAAAUCCACAGGAUCUUUGGAGCUUAAAUGAGAACUCAGCUGUGUUUCUUGAGGCUCUGAAAUUAUUCUUUUCAAAACGAGAAAAGGAGAUUGGUAACUUAAGUUUUGACAAAGACGAUCAGUUGGCUGUAGAAUUUGUUACUGCUGCCGCAAAUAUCAGAGCUUCUUCAUUUGGCAUCCCUUUGCAUAGCCUUUUUGAGUCCAAAGGUAUUGCUGGUAAUAUUAUACAUGCUGUUGCCACAACAAAUGCCAUCAUUGCUGGGUUGAUUGUGAUCGAGGCUAUUAAGAUUCUGCAGAGUGAUACUAAAAAUUACAGGAUGACUUAUUGUCUGGAACAUCCUUCAAGGAAGAUGCUUCUUAUGCCAGUAGAGCCAUUCGAGCCAAACAAGUCAUGUUAUGUUUGCUCCGAGACACCUUUGACCCUUGAGAUAAAUGCGCAUCGUUCAAAGUUGAGGGACCUUGUUGACAAGAUUGUGAAAGCAAAGCUUGGCAUGAAUUUGCCUUUAAUCAUGCAUGGUUCAGCCCUUCUCUAUGAGGUUGGUGAUGAUCUCGAGGAAGAUGAGGUUGCCAACUAUGCAGCAAACCUCGAAAAGGUAUUAUCUGAGCUUCCUUCUCCGGUAAUGGGUGGAACAAUUCUUACUGUUGAGGAUCUCCAACAAGAGCUGAAGUGCAGCAUUAAUAUUAAACACAGGGAGGAAUUCGACGAGGAGAAGGAACCCGAUGGAAUGAUUCUGUCUGGCUGGACACCUGCUCUUGCAGCAGAGAAGAAUGGCAGCACAUCUACCACUGAAAAUGGUGCCAGCACCUCUGGUGUAUCUCAAGCUACUUCCUUAAUGACCGAAGAAGACGAUGAUCUGCAAAUCAUUCCAACACAACCUGGUGGGAAGAAAAGGAAGAUAUCCGAUCUUUCAAGUGCUGCUACUUCUGAUUUUUCAUCUGUUGCCAAAGAUACAAAGAUUCAAAGAAAAGAUGUUGAUGGUAACAAUGAUGUAGUCAUGCUCGAUGAUGGCAGUUUGGGAAAUAGCAAGAAGAAAAUCGAAACGUAGUUAGUUUAUUUUUCGUUUAAUUUAACUCUGAUGAGUACUUCUCACUCUAACUCGGUCUUAGAAUACAGAGAAAACGGUGAUUCUAUUUUUGGUGGCUGUAAUUUAAGACAUCUUUCUUUUAGGAGCCUUCAGUUUUUUGUCCAGAUGUUAUUCUAAGUUAUUAAAUUAGGUGGGAUUUAACAAUGUAAAUGUCAGUGCUAUGGUCUGUGUACUGAGAAAAUUGGGGAUUAGGGAAAGAAGUAUGUGUGUUAGCAUUGUGUUUGCUUAAUUUGCCAUGUCAUGUUUUGUCUUAUUUAUGGGAAAAAUACAGUUUCAGUC